GGGGUCUGGAGCAGGGAGGGGGGCAGCAGCGCACAAGGAUCAUGGCGGCCCCUCUCGGACGGGACGCCCUGCCCGACCGCUGGUCGUACGGAGUCUGCGGAGACGGGCGGGUUUUCUUCAUCAACGACAGGAGCCGGAGCACCACUUGGCUCCACCCGCGCUCUGCUGAACCCGUUAACUCUGGACACAUGAUCCGGUCAGAUCUGCCAAGAGGAUGGGAGGAAGGCUUCACGGAGGAAGGAGCCAGCUACUUCAUCAACCACAACCUGAGGACGACAUCGUUUCGACAUCCUGUGACUGGACAGAUUUCAUCUGAUAACAUAGAAUACACAUUACAAGACAGCUCCAGGGUAGAGUCCCGCAUGUCCAAGUCGGCAGCCAAUCAGAGAUCUCCCAGCAUGGUCGCAGAGCCCUCCAAGGCUGUGACCUCAGCUGCUGUGGAUGUCGCCUCAGGGUCAAAGAGCUCCAGAGGAACGGGGAAAGUACACAGCUUUGGCAAGAGGGAUCAUGCUAUUAAAAGAAACCUCAACGUCCCAGUGGUUGUAAGAGGUUGGCUCUACAAACAGGACAGCUCUGGAAUGCGACUGUGGAAACGGAAGUGGUUUGUUUUGUCAGACUACUGCUUGUUUUACUACAAAGACAGCCGGGAAGAAACGGUGCUCGGCAGCAUCCCUUUGCCGAGUUAUGUCAUCGCACCAGUUGAGCCUGAAGACCACAUAAACCGCAAAUAUGCUUUCAAGGCGAGCCAUACUGGAAUGCGCUCCUACAUUUACAAUAAGAACUCUGUGAUUGGCUCACAGGCAGAACACUGCGGGAUGCGGACAUAUUUCUUCAGUGCGGACACACAGGAGGACAUGAAUGGCUGGAUCCGGGCCAUGAACCAGGCUGCGCUAAUGCAGCAGAGCCACACUAUAAAGAGAGAGAUGGAGACGCCGGAGACGGCUGCACAACAAGCAGUUCCACAGACGAACCACAUCCACACGGCUCAGAAUUCAUCUAAGUCCAAACGUGCUCACAAGACGGACAGAGAAGGAGCUCAGGAUGAAGGCGUCAGACUGGCUCAUGGUGAUGAGGGGAGGUACGGAUUGGAGAUUCACGGGAAGUCCAUUCAGUCAACCCCGCAGGAGCGAACAGAGCGACUGUCUCCAGACUCGCUCAGCGGCGGCGCCCACAAAGACGGACAGCCGACUGUGAUCCAGGUGGUUCUACCGCCGGAGCAAAACGGAAAUGUUGUUUAUCAGAGGGGUUUGGUUUCACGGAAGGACUCUGACAAACAUGUUCAGAGGAAGAAUACACUGGCUCAGGUGGAGCAGUGGGUCAAAGUUCAUAAAGGGGACCCAGCUAAAAGUGCUCCCUCUGCUGAUUACAACCUCCCUCGGCGAACUCCUCCUUUAAAGCCUAAAUCCAGCACAACAGAUGCUACCUAUCACUCGUUGCCAAAGUCUCCUCGUCUCCUGUCAGGCAGCAGCUCUCCUCCUGCGUCUGGCAACCUGCCCAGUGACUAUAAGUACGCCCACGACCGGCUGAGCCACUUCCGCAUGUCCACAGAUGAACGAAUGGCCUCCAAGGAAGGAAUGGUGUGGCAGCUGUACGAGUGGCAGCAGCGGCAGCAGUUCCGUCACGGCAGCCCCACCGCGCCUCUUUACACCGGCUCCAACUUCACGGACUCUUUCAGAGUUACUGUGGAAAUGCCACGCUCCAUCUCUGUCCCUCCAUCACCGUGUGAAGUCCCCCCUUCAUCCCCAUCCCCCUUUAAACCCCUGUCCCCACGCAGGCCACACACGCCUUCAGACAGACGCACAGUCAGACCCCUGGAUGAACUGGGACCUGGCGACAGCACGAGAUCCAGCUCCCCUGGCAAUAUUUGUUCCCACAUUUCUCAGACUUCCCAAAUGGAACGACGGUCCGUGCCAGCCAUGGGCUACAUCACGCACACUGUCAGCGCUCCCAGCUUGCACGGAAAAACGCCAGAGGAGCUGACUCUGCUCCUCAUUCAACUUCGGAGGCACCAGGCCAAGAUGGCUGGUGUGCAUAGCCCCAUCAGUGCGUUUGCUCACUUGCAGCAGCACCAGCACAGCAGCCUUCUGGGCCCCAGCUUGCAGGCAGAUGAUACUUACAUACAACUGAAGAAGGACCUGGAGUAUCUAGAUCUGAAGGUUACCGGACGUGAGAGCUUGAGAACAGAACGACGUUUGAGGCCUGUGAAAAUUGCAGAAAGUGAUGCUGAUGUCAAAUUAAGUCGACUUUGUGAGCAAGACAAGAUUCUACAAGAACUAGAAGCCAGGAUACGUGCUUUGAAGGAGGACAAGGACAAGUUGGAGUCUGUGCUGGAUGUGUCCCACCAGCAGAUGGAGGAGUACCGAGAUCAGCCGACCCACGCUGAGAAAAUUUCCUAUCAGCAAAAACUGUUACAAGAGGACGUUGUCCGCAUCCGGGCGGGGAUAUCUCAAGUCUCCACUGAGAUGGAGAAUGCGUGGAAUGAGUACAAGCAGCUGGAGAGAGAUGUGGACUGGUUGAAGUCAGCCCUGCAGGGACAGAUGAAUCGCAGCGAUCUUUCUCAGCAGGAGAAGGUUCAGAUCAGGAAAGAGCUGUGGAGGAUCGAGGAUGUCAUUGCAGGCCUCAGCACCACCAAAGCCAAUUACAAAGUAACAAUUUCCUCUGUUACCAACCCAGAGAGAAAGUUCGUGCCUUCAGUGUCAGUAUCGUCAGUGCCUUCUGUGUCUGGGGACCAGUCUACAGAGAUGAGGCUGUCCCAGCAGCAGCAUCACACCUCCCACAUCACCUGCAGUCCCACUCUCUGCUCAAGUCCCACCCAGCAGCCAUUACACCACUCUGCAACCGUCUUCAGUGGGUUGAAAUGGAGUGACGAUGAUGUGCCUCCCAGACCUCCUCUACCUCAGAUCUACAGUCCUGAAGAGCACCCCCCCGCUGUGCCGCCGCUGCCCCGGGAGUCAACAGUCAUCAGACACACAUCUGUGCGUGGCUUGAAACGGCAGUCAGACGAACGCAAACGCGAUCGAGAGAUCGGCCAGUACACAAACGGGGACAGUAAGGUGGAGCUAAGACCUUUUCUGAGUGAUCCUGAGCUCAUGGGGGCUGGAGACGGAUACGGUCACAUCAGUGUAGUAACCUCCAGCCACGAUGGCGGUUACCAGACAUUACCUACUAGAGGAGUAUCUGGCUCCUCCUCACUGCGGCUGAAUCAGUCUUCAAGCAUCUCCUCAUACGUGACUCUCAGAAGAUCAACGUCAGCGUUUGGUGUGAAGGUGAGCGAAGUUCAUGUCUACAUGGAAGCAAAGCCACCUGCAAACGCUCCUGGCCACGCCCACUUCUCCAAUCUGCACGAGAACAGCUGA